AUGUCAUCCAGAUCUGGCAGCGCAAGAGAGUAUGAACCUAGUGACCAGUCGCCUGGUUGUUCAGCUUCCCCACCAGGCCCAGAGUCUAGUGAGACUGAGGCUGAAGGCUUGAUAUUUUAUCACAUGGAUCUUUAUGGAUCAAAGGAGAGGUUUGAUAUCUUUCCCGAAGAUCCAUCUGGUCAAGGAGACAGAUCUCUGGAGGAUACCAGAAGGGACUCUGCAUUGAGUAGUGAAAAACCUCAGCCCUCACAAGAAGCUGGAUAUGACUUGGAAAAGGAGGUUGCAGAGUUGGCUAAGAUGUAUGGACUUGAUGAGGAUAGAGAAAAAGAGCUUGAGCUUCUUGGAGGACGUCUGGAGAUGGUGGAGAGCAGGUGGCCGCUGGCUCGCACAGAAGAAGCGGGAUCACAAGGCGCCGUAUUUAACACAUCAAAAAGCAGCUCUCCAGUGAAAGAUCAAAGCACAAAGCAACAGCGACUUCCCAGUGAGGCAUCUCAAGAUGAAGAUCAGAGCAAAGCCAGAGCAGAGGAUGAGGCCGAGAGCCAGACGUGGUCCAGAGAGGGGCGUAGCAGCGGCGGCAUGUCAGACGAGGGGAGCAGUCAGGCUGUCAGCGAGGAGGAGGAAGCAGCAGAUGUCUUUUGCUCCACCUGCAAGAUGCCAAUCCGAGCUUUUGACAAACUGUUUGGCGAGCACAAGGAUCACGAGGUGGCUCAGCUUCCCAAUGCCGUGGAAAGCGAAAAGGAGGAGAUUCAUAAAAACAUGUGCAAGUUGGAAGAGCAGAUUGCCCAGAUGGAAAACUUUGCCAGCCACUUGGAGGAAAUCUUCAUCACCGUAGAGGAAAACUUUGGGAGGCAGGAGCAGAACUUUGAGGUGCAUUACAACGAUGCAGUGCAAGUGCUUGCUCAGAAGUACGAAGAACAGUUGGAAGCGCUGGGGGAGGAGAAGAGGCAGAAGCUGGAAGCUUUGUAUGGACAACUGAUCAGUUGUGGGGAACACCUCGACACCUGCAAGGAGCUGACAGACACAACCCAGGAGCUUUACCUGGAAAACAACAAAGCCGAGUUCAUGAAGGCAGCAGUAACCAUGGUUGACAGGCUGAAAGAAUUCUUAAAGAAAGAAGUGGAUUUAGAACUUUCAACACUGCCAGACUUUGAAGAGCGGGUCAUAGAUUUCUCUGAAGCUGAAAAACUAAUGAACUCCAUUAAUGCUAUUCCAGCUCCUUGUGCCCCUGUGAUCAAUCCCCAGGCUCCCAAUGCAGCAACUGGCACCUCACUGAGAGUUUGCUGGGGCCUGUUCUCGGAUGACACCGUGGAGUGCUACCAGCUGUGCUAUAAACCAGUGAGCAACGAGAGGUGCAGCGAUGAACAGGCAGAGCACACGCUAAAGGUCAAAGAAACAUACUGCACCAUUACUAAUCUCUUGCCGAAUACACAGUAUGAAUUUUGGGUCAGCGCUUUAAAUGCCUCUGGUAUCAGUCCACCAAGUGAAAGAGCAGUUUAUGUAACAGCUCCUUCACCACCUACCAUAAAGAGUAAAAAGAUCCGGAGCUGUGAAAACGCAGCACUGGUGUGCUGGGAAUCUGGAGACAUUAACCCUGUUGAUUCCUACAUGGUUGAGUUGUCCAAGCUGACAGAUGAAGGAAACGGCGACGGUAUUACUGAAUCUAUUGUUGGGAUUCCCAACUGCGAAGUCCUGAUUCACCUCCAGCCAGCACAAAGCUACCGCAUCUGUGUGAGAGCCCUAAACCUGGGUGGUUCCAGUGGAAGAAGCGAGCCUGUCCUGAUACACACCACAGGCACCUACUUCUGCCUCAGCGAGGACACGGCCCAUCCUUUACUGGCGAUUCUAGACGACGGAUUUACAAUCGCAUGCGAUGAACUGGAAAACCCGGAGUGCGAUCUGCCUGUCUAUGACAACAGCUUUACAAGGUGUAUCGGGAUCCUGGGCAGUCUGAUCCCAUUUCCAGGGAAGCAUUACUGGGAGGUGGACGUUGAGGAAGACACAGAGUACAGAAUUGGCGUGGCUUUUGAAAACACGCCGAGACAUGGUUACCUGGGGGCAAACAACUCAUCCUGGUGCAUGAGGCACAUCAUCACCCCGUCCAGGCACAAGUAUGAAUUCCUGCACAGCGGGAUGACCCCCGACAUCCGAAUUACUAUCCCCCCCCGACGGAUUGGCAUCCUGCUGGACUAUGAGAACUGCAGGCUGUCAUUUUUCAACGCAGACAUCGCCCAGCACCUGUACGCGUUCAACUCCCGCUUCCAGCAUUACGUCCACCCCUGCUUUGCUUUGGAAACACCCGGCAUCCUACGGAUACAUACUGGAAUUGCGAUACCCCCUUGGACUGCCCUCCCAUAA